AUGAAUGUUGCCGAAGAUGAAUUUUGUUUGAUUCGCUGGUCGGAUAAAAAUGAUUUUGAUAUUGUGCCUCAACGGUCUAUUAGAGCUCCAUCGAAUACGAUUGAAACGUAUGAAACUUACCAAGUCGAGAUCAAUGGAAAUCAAUGCGAAGGGACUGUUAUCAUGAAAGGAACAAAACGAGAUUGUGAAAAACUUCAACACAAUAUCGCAUUGAAAUCACCAAAUCAUGCACCAGCAGCAAGAUCCGAUACAACGCCUGAAUCUAAUGCAGAACAAUUUGCUACUGCUUCCUCAUCUGCAUCUCGUAUUCCUGCUAAUAUGAACGAGGAGUCUAGUAAGAUUUCAUUAAUAUGCACAUAG